UAGUCAUUUUAUACCUCACGUCUCUCCCCCAAAAAGAUAAAAUAAGCUCAUCUCAAUAACCCAAACCAACUUAUCGUUCUCAUUUAAUAAAACAAAUCAAUGAAGAAACUUCAUCUGUUCUUUAUCUCCACUCCUGGAAUAGGCAAUCUUGUUCCACUUGUUGAGUUUGCUCAACUUGUAACCCAACACCACCCUCAGUUUACUGCCACCAUUCUCACCAUCACCGUUCCUGAACGACCCAUUGUCAACGCUUACAUCAACUCACGUGGCGCCUCCCUCGCCGCUGAUCGUCAUCUUCACGACGUCAAUUUCCUUCAUCUCCCGCCCGUGGGCCCUCUUUCACCCGAUGAAUACCAGUCUUCUUUAGGGUACCUGUGUGUUUACAUAGAGAAGCAUAAACUCCACGUGAAGCAUGCAAUCGAAAAGAUCAUGACAACUGAGUCUGACUCGGUUGCUGGGUUCUUUGUCGACAUGUUUUGUACCUCUAUGAUUGAUGUUGCUAAUGAAUUGGGUAUUCCUUGUUAUAUUUACUUCGCUUCUCCUGCGAGUUUUUUAGGGUUCAUGCUUCAUUUUCCAACCCUAGACAAGCAACUCGCAACUGAAUUUGUUGACUCGGAUACUGAGUUGAUUGUUCCUAAAGACUCAACGACUGAGUUGGUUAUUCCGAGUUUUGUCAAUCCAUUGCCUCCUCUUAUCUUACCAACAACAAGUCUGAAAAGGAAAAAGGAUGGGUAUUUUUGGUAUUUGUAUCAUGGGCGAAGGUAUAUGGAAGCCAAGGGUAUAGUUGUCAAUACAUUUCGUGAACUCGAGCCUUAUGCAAUUGACUCGGUUUCUAUAAGAGGAUUACCACCGGUUUACCCGAUUGGACCGGUUCUGGACCUUGCUGGUCCGGCAGAAUGGCAUCCAGACCGACCCAAUCAAGAAAAUAUCAUGAAAUGGCUGGAUAAUCAACCUCCGUCAUCGGUUGUAUUUUUGUGCUUUGGAAGUAUGGGGAGCCUGAAGUUAGCCCAGUUGAAAGAAAUUGCGAUUGGAUUGGAUCGGGCAAGAUUUCGGUUUUUAUGGGCAAUCCGCGAAGCACCCAAAAGCACAAUACACCUCCCGGAUGAUUACACGAAUCUGGAAAGAAUACUGCCGGAUGGGUUCUUAAAUCGAACGGCUGGGAUGGGACUGGUGUGCGGAUGGGUACCACAAGUGACAAUUUUGUCCCACAAGGCGAUUGGGGGGUUUGUAUCACAUUGCGGGUGGAAUUCGAUACUAGAAAGUAUAUGGUAUGGUGUACCGAUCGCCACGUGGCCAGUGUAUGCUGAGCAACAAAUGAACGCAUUCGAAUUGGUAAAGGAAUUGGGAUUAGCGGUUGAGAUUAGAUUGGAUUACAGGGAAGGUAGUGAUCUAGUGUCGGCGGAAGAAUUGGAAAAAGGAUUGGGAAGUUUGAUGGACGGUGAUAGUGAAGUGAGGAGAAAAGUGAAGGAAAUGCAAGAGAAGAGUAGGAGAAGUUUGAUGGAGAAUGGAUCAUCAUCAUCAUCAUCAUAUAAAUCAUUAAAAUCAUUGAUUGAUGAAUUACUAGUCAAUAUUUGAGGCUAAGUGGCUUUACUUGACUUUUGUAUGAUGAAAUAAAACGAAAUUGUCUCUUCGUCUGAAAGAUAUUUUCAAUUUUAAAAAAGUAUAUGGCAUAAAUAAUUAAAACCUUUCAAAGAGGUGGAAGUGGAACCCAUUUAUUUUUAACAUCUUUCCAAUAAUUGCAUAAUUCAACUUCUUUUUUACGGCCCGACAAAAAAUAUAAGCUAGGUGUACAAA